GGACUUGAUGAGAUGGUUCAGACUAUAUUUUGAAAAGCAGAACAGAACGGGUAAGGAUGGUGAUACAGAGCCAGCUGUACAAAGGUGUUCCUGUUUUGCAACUGUGGAGGCUCAGGCUUUGUCCGGGCUUAUUCACACCUUUGACCCUUCAGACAGCGGGGGCGUUGUGGCGUCAGCCCUGAGGCACCUGCGCCCGACGAGGAAACUCGCCCACAUCCGGGCCAGCGCCGCCGGCGCCGCCCAAACCGCCGGUCCCCAAAGCUCCUCGGGCUUCUCUCCGGUUUCAUUUGAGCCCAGGGCCACGCGGCUCCUCGCCUCUUCCCGCCGGCGCCCAAGGUCCAUCACCAGCGGCUGUUCCUGGAGGGUCUCCACCGGAAGCGACGCCUAGUCCCGCCCCCCCUGCUCGCCGGAGCCGGAAGUCGGCGGCUGCCGCCCGGUCCCGCCCCCCUCGCGGGCCCACGCGCACCAUGCUCCGCGGCGCCCGCUGCCUGCGCGGGGCUCCCUCGCCUCCCUCCGCGGUCCUGGCGGUGGCUCUGCUCUCGUCGCUGUCGCGCUGCUCCCUCCCGGAGCCGGAGCCCCCCGCGGUCUCGGCGCUCAGCCCCUUCUUCGGCACCAAAACCCGCUACGAGGAUGCCAACCCCGGGCUGCGGCGCGACCCCGUGUCGCCGCGGCGCGACCCGGAGCUGCUGGAGGAGACCUGCACCCCGGUGCAGCUGGUCGGCCUCAUCCGCCACGGCACCCGCUACCCGACGGCCAAGCAGAUCCGCAAGCUGCGGCAGCUGCACGGGCUGCUGGAGGCCCGCGGGCCCCGGGCCGACCCGGCCGCCGGCAGCCGAGACCUGGGCGCCGCGCUGGCCGCCUGGCCGCUGUGGUACGCGGACUGGAUGGACGGGCAGCUGGUAGAGAAGGGGCGGCAGGACAUGCGGCAGCUGGCGCAGCGCCUGGCCGCCCUCUUCCCGGCCCUCUUCCGCCGCGAGAACUACGGCCGCCUGCAGCUCGUCACCAGCUCCAAGCACCGCUGCGUGGAGAGCGGCGCCGCCUUCCUCAAGGGGCUGUGGCAGCACCACCACCCGGGCCUCACGCCCCCCGACGUGGCAGACAUGGAGUGUGGACCUCCAAGAAUUAAUGAUAAACUAAUGAGGUUCUUUGAUCAUUGUGAAAAGUUUUUAACUGAAGUGGAAAGGAAUGAUACGGCUCUUUAUCAUGUAGAAGCCUUCAAAACUGGACCAGAAAUGCAGCACAUUUUAAAAAAAGUUGCAGCUACUUUGCAAGUGCCAGUCAACAAUUUAAAUGCAGAUUUGAUUCAGGUAGCUUUUUUCACCUGUUCAUUUGACCUGGCAAUUAAAGGUGUUAAAUCGCCUUGGUGUGAUGUUUUUGACACAGAUGAUGCAAUGGUAUUAGAAUAUUUAAAUGAUCUGAAACAAUAUUGGAAAAGAGGAUAUGGGUAUACUAUUAAUAGUCGGUCCAGCUGCAUCCUGUUUCAGGAUAUCUUUCAGCACUUGGACAAAGCAGUUGAACAGAAAAAAAGGUCUCAGCCAAUUUCUUCUCCAGUCAUCCUUCAGUUUGGUCAUGCAGAGACCCUUCUUCCACUGCUUUCACUCAUGGGCUACUUCAAAGACAAGGAGCCCCUCACAGCAUACAAUUACAAGGAGCAAAUGCAUCGGAAGUUCCGAAGCGGUCACAUUGUACCUUAUGCCUCAAACCUGAUAUUUGUGCUUUACCAUUGUGAAAAUGCUAAGACUCCUAAAGAAGAAUUCCGAGUGCAGAUGCUAUUGAAUGAAAAGGUGUUACCAUUGGCUAACUCGCAAGAAACUGCUUCUUUGUAUGAUGAUCUGAAGGACCACUACAAGGACAUCCUUCAGAGUUGUCAUACCAGUGAAGAAUGUCAAAUACCAAAGGUGAACAACACAUCUGACGAACUAUGAGUAACUGGAGAACAUUUUUAAUUUAUCAGGAAUCUAUAGGGUGUGAUUACAUGCUUGGAAUAGGUGGGCAAUCCCUGGUUACAGAAAGCUUUCACAUUACUUGGGCAUUUCUGUCUUCAUAGAAAAACAUUGAGUUUCUUUUUAAAUCUGGACAUGAACGUGUAAGCAACAAUUCUUCACUGGAGCAGCUCUCUCAAGGGGAAAAAUAUUCAAAGAAAUAGGUGGCAUUGCAAAUGUUUACAGAAGUUAAAUUCUUCCUAUUUUUACAAGAAAUCUCACACUGAGAAUAUGUUUUCAAAAUAAUGCUUGAAAAUGCUAGAGUAACAAAGUAUGUCAGUUGAAUGAUCCAUAACUUGAUUGAACCAAGUCCAGGAACUUUACCAGUUGUGCUGCAAUUCUCUCUUUUUCCCCCUCAAGUAGCAUAGUACUAGUAUCAUCUUUCAUAAUCAGAAAUAUUUUGAUAAACUGGGAAUAUCAUUUUGGAAGAAAACUAAGAUCUCUGAGAAUUCGAAACAAUAUGAAGCAGUCUGAUGUAAAGGGACACUUUCAUUGAAGAAAGACAAAAAAUAAAAUACAAUAAAUGUUUUUGUUAAUAGUA